ACUAAGAAGUUUCACUCAUGUGGAUGUGGGUUUCAUAAUUGUUUUUGCCGGAAAUUCAGGAAAUACGUAUAAUGUCGUCGGCGUCGGGAGAGGGACCCAAAAUUAAGUACGCAGAGAACGCGCCGAAACUAGGAAAAUCACAGCUGGAAUUCAUGAAACUCAUUGAGGAGCAAAACUUGGAUCGAGUUCAGAAAUUAAAACGUGUGCGUCGCAACAACUUACUUACCGCAGGAGCUCUGGGUUUUUCGGUGCUUGCCAUCUACGGAUAUUCCAUAUUCUCAGUGCAACAAGAGAAGUUCUUAGACGACUUUGACGAGCCGAAGAAGGUGAACACCAACUGAGUUCGACCUUCUCUUACACUUUUAUUGUUACGCUAUAG